AUGACCGUCAGGUCGGAGGACGGUACCCGGCAUUGGCAUCGUGGAUGUCUAUGUGGGCGGCCAUCCUCAUAUGGAUAUGCACCAGCAGCACCGGCCGUGGAUCGCACAGUCACAGUCAAGCUCAAAGACAACGGGAUUAUCCAGCGACACCGGACACGUCCGUCAUCAUGGACCAAACAGCAAGUCGAAUCAGCAGUGCGCGCCAACGCCACCACCAAGUCGGUCACGGUGGUGGCGGCACACCUACUCAAGAGCGGCGACGUUCAGAUUGUCACCAAGACAACGACGGAAACGAAGCAACUAACAGAAAAUCAUGGAUGGAUCAAAAGCCUGGGCGAAAAUGCGGAACUCGUCGUUCCACUCGUCGACGCCGCCCCCGCAUUGCUCGAAGUGUAUGUAGACGAUAUGAACAACCCGAGAAUCAGCAUGCGGGACGGCACGCACGCUAGAGGCUUCACUGGCGUACGUGUCUGGGAGACCUCGGCAAAAGUGGACAAUUAUAUGGUUCGUGGUCUGUAA